CAGGCGUUUCGGUUCAAUUCCCGAGCCAACCUCGCUCGCUCUACUGCGUGUGCCGGCCGCGCAUGCCUCUGCGCUGCUGCGCGAUGAAGUGCAGGGGGAGGAGUAGGGAGGAGGAGAAGCAGCAGCAGCAGCAGGCGGCGGUUGUCGCGUCGGCGGCGGUGCCGAGGCGCGGGCGCUGGUUCGACGGGGAGCAUCAGCCGCCCGCGGCGUCGUCGUCGGCGGUGGCGGGGCGGGCGGGAUGGAGGCUGCGGUCGUGCGCGGCGGCGGCGAUCGCGGACUGCGUCGCGCUGGGGUGCUGCCCGUGCGCGGUCGUCGCGCUGCUGGGGAUAGCGCUCGUCAGGGCGCCGCUCGCCGUGGGCCGCCGCCUCCGCAGGCGCAGGCUGUCGCUGCUGCGCAGGAAGCGGGUGCGCGACGUCGCGGCGUCCGCCAAGGGCGCCAAGGCGGCGGGGGCCGCGCCCGGCGCGGGAAGCGGGACGCUCCUGGACACGGCCGACGAACACGCCACCGUCGGCGCGGCGACGGCGCCGGUGCAUCAUCAUCAUCAGCAGCAGCAGGCCGAGGCGGAGGAGCUGGCGUGGCUGGAGGAGUUGUACCGGGUCGGCCACUGGGGCUUCGGCCGCGUCUCCUUCUCCGGGUCGGCGGGGAAAACCCCGUGACCACCGGCGCGAGGGGAGCCAGCCGCUACCCGCCAGCCGCACGAGUGGAGUGCCGUGCCGUGCCGGCGGCGGUUGCGGGGGGGGGAGAGCAGAGCAGGUGCACGUCCUCGUCUCGUCCGACGCUACGCGCUGCUGUAGGAUUGAUUGGUGCGCCGGUCCCGGGCGACGGGACGCGACGCGACGUGCCGACGUGGCUGAUUGGUUUUGAUGGCCUCGUCGUCGUCUCUCUAGGAGCGGGGUACAUGUAAAGAUCUCUUGCCGGACCUUGUCGGGUGCACGGCAACGUUUGGCGCCUAGCUAGUUUGGGCCCGGCCCUCUUGGUGCGCGGCCGCGGCCUCUUGGCCCGUGGGCGUGGCCGUGUGGGUGGGAGAGUAACGUAGCGUAGCGUAGGGGAAGUGUAGUGUAAAAUGGUGGUUCGGAACUGGACGGGAAGGCCUUUCUAGCAUGCACCCGUUGCACGGACCACGGUGUGAAAAGUGGCCUUUGUGUUCGUGCGGCUGGGGAACAAAUUGUUUCUGUCGACUCAUUUGGCUUCUUCUGUUGCGUUCUGUUUGCUUUUGAUAAUCUCUAAUUUUCUA